GGAGAAGUGAGACAGCAAGUCAUUCGUCUGUUCCUCCUUCCAUCAGCGUGUGAGCAGCACCGGUGGUCUGGUCUCAGGAGUUCACCAAAUCUCUUCUUAUCAAGUGCAGACAAACAUCAGCAGCCUCACCAUGAGCGCCAUUACUCUGUACAAAAACAAUGACUUAACUGGAGAGAAUAGUAAAUUUAUCGAUGACAACUUUGACCUCAGUCCUUACGGCUAUGACAGGAAGAUGGGCUCCAUGAGUGUGCAGGGGAAUCCCUGGGUUACUUAUAGUGAGGCUCAAUUUAAAGGAGAUGAGAAUCUGUACACUAAGGGUAGUUAUAAGGAUAUCACAGAUGAUGCUAAAUUUAUGUCUAUGAAGCUCAUCAAAGAUUUGAAAAGCCCGCGUAUUACCUUGUUUAAAAAAACCGGCUUUGUUGAUGAGCAUAUCGAACUCGAUGAGCACACCACAUUGCCUUUGGGGUACCAAGUGGCCUCUUAUAAAGUGCACAGUGGAGCCUGGUGUCUCUUUGAGUUUCAGGGCAACACUGGAAAAAAACAUGUGGCCUUCAAAGGGGAAAAUGUGGCCGACUGUCACAGUAUUGACUUUGAUAACUACCCUGCGUCUCUGGAGCCAGUGAAGCCAUAGUGUGAGAAAGGCAACACAUGAGAAGGGGUCUCACCAGCAAAGACCCCUUGAAGUAACGGCAAGUUGGCACCUCCAGGCUGACAGGCAGCAUGGAAGAUACAAGAGCUUUCCGCAGUUUUUCUGGGUUUUUGAGGCCAUUGCAUGUCUUUUAAUUAAUUUUACUUUUAUUAAUCUUGAUCUCUUGCUUUCUUUAACUGAAUGACAAUCAGACCAAAUUAAACUGUAAUGGCUAAACUAACAAUUGUAAUGUAUUCAUGAUGAAACCUUCAUGUUUCUGUGAUUGUU